ACACACACAUCAGUGUCGGGUGAGAGAGGCAGCAGACAGCGAUGGAGAGAGAGCGCAGAGCGGAGAGUUUGUCAGAGGUCUGAGAGGAAACCGGAUUAUUUUAGUCGGACAAACUCAAAGAUUUCUUUAAUUUUGAUUCGUAGAAAAAUGACGACGUUUCACACGGCGAUGCUGUUGACAGUCGGGGUCGUCAUGGUGAUGAUCGUCCAGUCCAGUGGAGCGCGUGUUGUGAGCGGUGAGUUUGUACAUCUCUGUUUUACCCGUUUAGUCUCUUUGUUGGAUCAUUUUAAACAUGGUCGUUGUCAUGGCGACUCCAAAUUUAGGAUGAAUUAAAAUCAUUAAUUGAAUUUGUGGUGUACUGGGCUGUGAUUGGUUGACAGGCUGACCAAUGACUGAGUCUAAUGAAGCAGGAAUGAUCACAGUGAACAGGACAUGAAUGAUCUUUGAGUGUUGUGCAUCAUGACGAAGAUUAAAGCAACACAAAAAAUAAUAACAAGGAAAAAAACAAGAUCAGAAAAUGAGAGUAAAUAAAAAACUAAAACUUAAAUUCAUAACAAAAAGGCGUUAACUCUGUUUUCCUUUAUACUGAAUAACCUGGAGGAAUAAAAAACUGUAUUCUCCUAAUAUGACGACUUUAUUCUUGUGUUAAUAUGACUCAUUAUUUUUAUGAUCUUUAAACGAAUCACUUUAUUUCUGUACAAAAUACCACAGAGUUAAACCGACGUGUCAAACAAAGUCAUGAAACUACAGACAGAGUGUCCACACAGGUCGCCAUCUUACAGCUUCAUUUAGGAGCACUUUGUUGUUGUAAAAAUUAAACUUUCUUCUCUCCCGUAAACUCCUUUCUUCUUGUGAUUUUAUGACUUUAUUCUCUCUAAACUGAGACUGCAUUUUCCUUUUUUCUUUUGACAUUAAAACCUGAUUUUCUUCUUGUUUUAUUUCCACUUAAUUCAACUUUCUUCUUGUGAUUUUAGGACUUAAUUUUCUAAACAUUAUAAUCUCCCAGAUUUCGGACUUUAUUCUCACAACAUAAAAAAACUAAAUCCCACUUCACUCUCUAAUACAUUAGAUUUUAUUCUCCUCAUACUGUGACUGUUUUCUCACGACAUAAUAAACGACGAUAUUCUCAUAAAACUAUAAAUUAAAUUUUGUGUAUUAUUCUGUAAAACUUGGACUUUAUUCUCGUAAUAAAAGUCACUUCUCCAAACACUUCAGCUCCAUUUUCUUGUUUUGAUUUUUUUCUCCUCACACUUUGACUCUGAAUCAGCCAAAUAAACAUCGACCUUUAAAACGUCCUUGUAGGAUCAUUUAGAUUUUUAUUUUAUAAUAUUCUAGUUUCUUAUAAUCCUCACAGACGCCGAAAUCAACCAAAUUCACCCUUUUUUUCUUUUUUAGCCCUGAUUUAUCUUUUUAGUUCAGAUCUUUUUUCUUUUAUUAAACUGAACGCCUCUGGUUCUCGGUCAGGGUUUUUAUCUGGAUCAGGUUUAACUCUUGUAACCUGGUCCAUGAUGUUGUUUAAAAUCUAUACUCCUGUUAUUGUGUUGAGAUAUUGAUGAUAGAUUUUUUGGAUUAUAUAUCAGAGGAAGUGUGUUUUUAUUUUCUGCUCUUUGGUUCAUUUCAGUCUUUGGUUUUUGUCUGUAAACAUAGACAUUGAUUGAAAUAGAUUUACCGUCUUCAUCUCUGUGUUUUAAAAGUCUGUUUCUACCUGAUGAUAGUUCUUAAAAAAAACUUGAUUAAAACACCAGGAUACAGAUCGGCGUUACCGUGUUUUUGUAGUUUUUUUCUUUGUUGAUGUUUUUUUAGGGUGUGUCUCACUCAGCCGUUGACUCACGUUGAGCUUUAACUCCUAUUUCCUGUUAGAAAUAAAAACUAACUUCAUUUAACUUUUUAUUAUUGGUUAAAGAAUUUUAGAGCUUUAUUUCAAAAAGGACAAACAACGUCGAGAAGAUUUGUCUUUGUUUUUUUGUGGAAAGACCUCGGUCACUUUGGCGUCACUGGACCACAUGAUGGCGUAAACAGACUCACCAAUCAAUCAAUCAAUCACAUUAACUGACUGUAUGUGAGCCAUGUGUGCUUUCGAUGGCGUGGUUCAAAUUAGCGUGUUUACUUUGAUAAAAACCUCACAUGAAAAAAAUCCAAAUUUAAGUUCAAAGUUUAACAUGAAUUUAAAAAGUUGACUUCUCUGGAUUCACAGACGGCUGAGCUCUUCAUGUUAGCUUGUUAAAGAUCGGUGGAGCGCUAACAUUAGCUGCUGUCGCUAACAGGUUAUUAAAUAUGUUUUAUUUGUAAAUAUGAUCCCACGUCACCCGAGAGUUCGACCGUCUUUUGUCUUCACAGUUUCUCAUCGAUCCAGAGAUGGAAGUGAUUUGGAAACCUAAAUGGAGCUCACAGUAUCGCACUGUAACACUGUUUAUAAUUCACACCCUGAGCCAGAUGUCAGAGGAAAUGGUCGCGAUGUGAAAACGCUGAAUUACAUUUACAGAUAUUGAAUUUUAUUUAAGGUGUAACAGGAUCUCUAACAGACAAAUUCCCCUCCUCACAGUUCCUGCUCAGCUGGAGGCAGUCGAACAUUUCAGCUGUAAAUCAGUCAUACAGUGAGGCGACUGGGAGCAGACUCUGGAGUCAUGAAGCGCUGGUUUGUUGUCUUUGACUGAGUUACAGUCUGCAGAGAGAGAGAGAGAGAGAGAGAGAGCGGCUCUGAUAGUAGACAGAUAUAUAUGGAGCUGUGUAGUGGCUUUAACAGUAAAGUGAUGAUGGUGCAGAAGAGAAUCCAGCUAAUCACUUAAAGUAGCUCAGAGCCUGUUUUAACCAGUCUCUGUAUUAAUCACUGCAGACUCUCUCUCUCUCUCUCUCUCUCUCUCUCUCUCUCUCUCUCUCUCUCUCUCUCUCUCUCUCUGCAGAUUCUGCUCCUCCUCAGGAAUCAGCAAACUCAGCCUGUGCGCUCAGAUCAGGUCUCUAUUAAACCAUGUUAGAAACAUCCUUUAAACACCUGAACACGCCAUAACAGCAAACGCUCGGUCACAACACUGUGAGCAUCAAACGGCCCUGAUUUAUACCUGCUGUUUUUCUGCCCUGAACCUUCGUCAUGUGAACAUCAUCCAGCCUGGAGAUGAAGAUAAACGCUGGAGUUUCAUUUCCUCCUAUGAGGCCAAAAUACCUUCACAGCUGACACCAUCAUGUUUCUGAUUCAGAGCCUGAAUCACUUAUUCGACCAGUAAAAAUGACAAAAUCUGAACAAAGACGUGUGUGUGUUAAUGUGUAGUACAGUUGUGUGCCUCUAAUGUGUGUGUUUAAUCACCAGAAGGUCGUCCAGGGCGUGAGAAACUCUUCUGACUUUCACUAGUUGUUUGGAUUAUUUUUCAGUUUUCCUCGACACUGGCCCUAAAAGUUUGAACAGACCGAUAAGUUUUGGUUCCUGCAAAACAGCCCGAGUUACACAACCUCAGGCUGUACAACCAGGCCGACCAGAUCCAACCUGUUUAAGAAUCCUUAAAGGGAUAUUCCGGCGUAAAAUUAAUUUAGGGUCAAACACGAGUAACACCGAGUUAGACCCCCCCUCCAGAGAUGAAUGUUGUCGACCGCUUACUUCUCUAGUUAUACCAACUUUAGUAACGACCGCAGGAUAGCAAUACAGAGAGCCACGCCCUCAACCAAAACGCCACUCUAUAGCCACAAAUAAUGCUCAGAACAGCACCUAACUUCAUCAACAGGACAUAUAGGGUCACAGACAUAGUACUGGACACCAAACAACUUUGUCUAAGAGACUAAACACAACUCACCUACUCUCUUCCAGCUCUCUUCCAUUAUGGACUACAGUGGGGUGCCGCAGCUCAAGGAAGAACAUUUAUGAUCAGAACCUCAGGACUCCUCUAAGACUAAGUUCGGGGGUCAGUUCACCUCCUGUGGGCGGGACUCUGACUGUCUGUGUUCCUCUCUCAGGUCAGACGGUGUGUCUUGGAGGUCCAGAGCGUCCUUGUUAUAAGAUCGCUUAUUUCCAUGACGUAUCGAGCCGCGUGGCGUUCAAGGAGGCGUGUCUGGCCUGCGAGACGGACGGGGGAUCGCUGCUGAGCAUCGAGAGCGCGGCUGAGCAGAAGGACAUUGAAAACCUGCUGCAGGUAAAUCACACACCUCCGCCCUCAUCAGGGUUUAUCUUCUUCCUCUCCACCUGCCUGACAUCACUUCCUCUUCCUCUUCAGGAGCUGCGUUCAGGAGCAGUGGGCGGGGCAGGCGGAGGAGGGGGGAUAGCCGAUGGCGAUUUCUGGAUUGGUCUGACUCGGGUGGACGGAGGCGAGCAGAAUCAGCCUGAACUCACCAACACCUUCACUUCCUGCCCACAGCUUUACUACUGGACAGAUGGAAGCCCCGCCUCCUUCAGGUGAGUCUCAGGUGAAGAAUGAAGGGAGGAGCAUCAACAAACCUGUCAGUCAAACACAAUCGAUAACAUAACAACGACAAUAAUAUCAUGUGAUGUUGACGUAGGAACUGGUAUUUCGAUGAGCCGUCUUGUGGAGGAGAAUCCUGCGUUGUGAUGUACCAUCAGCCAACUGCACUUCCUGGUUUGGGCGGAGCUUAUCUCUACCAAUGGAACGACGAUCGUUGCAACAUGAAACACAACUUCAUCUGCAAAUACCAACCAGGUACCAUCAACCAAUCAGAUAAUUUCAGUCAAACAAACCAGGUACCAUCAGCCAAUCAGUGACUGUUCUUUUUAACGCCUGAUUGACUUGCAGGUCAUUAAAAGUCAAAUGGACGAAUUUUACCCAGACUCAUUCUUAGUCGCCCCUCAUGGUCUCCUUGACCGUGUUGACAUGUCAGAGACUAAUCAGAGUUAUUUAUGUAACAUGAGCCACGAUAAAAGGAGAUAAAAAUGACCUGUUCAACUAAAACUCUGCUGUCUCUGCGUCUGUUUUCUCCACCGCUCCAAGGAUGACCCGAUGUUAAUUCACGUUAGAUUCCUCGCUUGGUCACAUGUCCUCUUCGACUCCGCCCUUUCUUCUGUCAGCGUUUGCGUUGUUUUCGCACUUUUGGCGGUGGGGCGAGCAGAAGUUUUUUUUUUUUGCGUCCUUCUCCAUCACUGCUCUUGUAGCUAAGCUGCUACGCUACUUUUAGCCGCUCAGAGCUCCGAGGAGGACCGGGAGAGUGGGAGGGGACGAGUCAGAACAGGAGCAGGAGAUUGACCAAUAGGAGCUGUCUGGGAUGGAUGCCUCCUAUUGGUCAAUGUUUCUGCAGCCUUGUACCUGAUAGGGUGAACAGAUUUUUUCCGAUCUUUUUUCUCUUCACUUUUUUCUGAUCACAAUAUAGGACCAUGAUCGCCAUAGAAACGAGGUUCAUAAUAAUUAACAAUUUCUACAAUGGUCAACCAUGACUUUAAGGAUUGUAUGAAUUAAAGGGACAUUUUUAAACAACCAGAAACCCCGCCCUCUUUCUUUAACCUUGUUUCUCUCUCUCUCUCUCGCUCUCUCUCUCUCUCUGUCUCUCAGAGAGCCAACUUGGAAAGAAACAGGUGGAACCACCAGAAGCACCGGGCACAGGUGAGUUUGAAACACUUGGACUGAAAAAUCAUUUAAUUAUUUCUGUUUUCUUCCUAAAUUGCCGAGUUUGAUUGAAAAACCAACUGUUGUUCAAAGAAAACAUUUUAAUGAUUCAGAAUAAACAGAAAGUUUGAGCACACUCAUAAAAACUCACACAAACCCUGUAUUUACAUGAAAAUAAGGCAGAGUUCUCAUCAAAGAUAAGAGCGACAUGAUGACUUUGUUUUGCAUCACCUCUUCUUCCUCCAACCCUCUUGGACCUUAGUGAACCCAACAGACCAGGAUCUGGAGUCUGAUGGUCAAAUGUUUCCUAAUCUGGCUCCUCUCCUGAGUCCUGAACCUCUUCAGUCUCUCCUUCUCAGACAAUCAUCUAAGAAACAUUUAUAGAUGGUUUAAAAAAACAAAUAUUAAUCAUUUACAAAGAGCUACUGACACAUUUUAAUCUAGAUGUUUGACAACCAACAUUUAAACCCUAAACAAACCUUUAAUAAAUAAAUAAUAAUAGAUGUUCUGUUUUAUCUAAAUAUUAUCACUGAUUUGACUUCGACGUGUGUGUGUGUGUUUGUUUGUGUGUGUGUUUGUGUGUUCAGAGGUGACGACAGGUGAAGGUGUGGUCAAACAAUCAGGUGGCGAGGAGGAUCCCCCUCAGGUCACCAUGGCUGGAGCUUCAGGUACAGACAAAUGUGACCUGUGACCUUUGACCCCUGACGGACUCAGGUCUCACUUUGUUGUCACGUGUCUCCGUUCAGGCAUGCUGCUCAUCUACGUCAUCAUUCCCACAAUCCCCCUGCUGCUGCUCAUCCUGGUGGCUUCUGGGACAUGUUGUUUUCAGAUGCUCAGUCGGAGGUAAGACUACGACUCCCAGCAGCCCUUGCUGUCGCUGGUCAAUCUGCUUACACUGUAACUAAUUUUACUGCUGAGGAUGCAGACGAAGAGUGUGUGUGUGUGUGUGUGUGUGUGUGUGUGUGUGUGUGUGUGUGUGUGUGUGUGUGUGUAGUGCUUACUCAGUGAUUAUGACAGGUCAAACACUCACAUGUCUUGUUAACAAGAGCUGAUUUACAGCCUCUGCUGGAUCACUGCCCAGCUCUAUGUUCUCUGUAAGAGUGUGUGUAUGAGUAUGUGAGUGUAUGAGUAUGUGUGUAUAAGUGUGUGUGUGUGUGUGUGUGUGUGUGUGUGUGUGUGUGUGUGUGUGUGUGUGUGUGUGUGUGUGUGAGACAGAGAGAUAGAGAGUAUAAAUGUGUGUCAAUACCUGGCAUCGGUUCAGGUGUUUCUUGCUGAAUCUGGAGUUUUUCUCCUGAACUGUCUGUUUUCAGUCUGAGGCUGAAGAGAGGGUCAUGAUCAUCAUCAUCAUAGAUAUAUAUAUAUAAGCUAGAUGGCUUACGCAUGCUGUUAGCCAAUGGAGACUGACAUCUGCAUGGCGGCCAUUUCGCUAUGGGACCCUGGCCCACUCCCAACAUUCCAGUCUACGGUUCAUGUAACAUUUAAAUAACUAUAGAUUGAUUAAUUUUAAACUGAUUUUCAAACGGUUUGGUUUGUAACAAACCUCAGAGUUUUAAUUAUGUUCCUGAAUACUCAAGAAUAAUUUUAACCAUGGAUUUUCAUAAAUAAACGUUAAACAGAUAGGUAGAGAAAUAGCUAGGGACGCCGGUGACUCCGCCUCAUAGAGUCAUCUAGCCUUUCUUAUAGAUAUCUAUGAUGAUGGAAAUGAUAAUAAAAAAAUCCUGAGCUCACUUUGGACCAAUCACAAGACCAGAAGGCGCUAACUUAGAGGAACAAUAAUGGUAACCAUGGUAACGUUUACGUCUAUCUGUCCGCAGCAGUACUCCUCACACAAAGACGGCCGUCGACCAAUCAAACUUGUGGAUUUCCAGGACGCCCAAACCAGACAGCAUGGAGGUCUGACAUCAUCAUGACAUCACACUGUGUGGUCACUCUACAGCUCCGCCAAUCAGCCGCAUGGAGGCGUGUCAACAUUGAGGAGGGGGAGGGGCUUGGAGAGGAUGAUGCUGACUGUACUCACAGAACUGCACCUGAGCUCACCUGCCUCCUUGUUUCCUUCUGCACCUGUCUUCCUGUUUUCUCACUUUGAUUUUUCACACUUCCUUCCUCACCUCCUUUCCUUUCUCUGCAGGUCCUGCUUCCUUAUUUCCCAUCUUGUCUUUUUAUCUGUUUCCUUGUCUCUUUUCUUUUCUGCACUUUUUUUCAUUUUGUUUCCUUUCAUUUUAUUUUUCCUUUAGAUCACUGAGAUUUCCCCUCUUCUUCUUUCUUGUUUAUUUUUUUCCUAUUCCAUUUUUUUUAUUUUCCUUUAUUUCCCAUUUCCUUUUUUAAUUUCCCUUUCUCCAUUCUUCCAUUUCCUUUUUUGACUUAAUUCCUUUUCUUCUUCUUCCGUCUGUUUCCUUUUUUCCUUUCUUUCCCCCUGUGUCUUGUCAGUUUAUUUUUGAGUUUUUUCUUCCUUUUCUCUUUUCUUUUCUGAGAAUGAGAUUCAGACAGCUACAGACUGGACUUGUGGAGAAGACUUUAUGUCUAUCAGUGCAGAUUUCAUAUCUUUAUAUUCAUCAUUCUGUAAAUAGAUCACAUGUUGGGGGUUUGUGUCAGAGUGAUGCGUUCACAGGCAGAGCUCGUAUGUGGGACGUUCAUAAAUCAGCUCUUGUUUUCUCUUUAAAUGUAUCGUGAAUUUGCGUCGUUCUCAGGCAGAUAUCGUUCGGUUUGUAUCGCCUCUCUGUUGCCAACGACAGCUGGUCUAUAACCACGUCUGUACAUGUAAUUCACUCGCAGGAAUGAUUCUCUCAGAGUUGUGUUGUUUGACGUCAUUCUUGAGGUUUUAACACUUUUUCCUCAGCGCAGAAUUAAAAAAGUAACUCCUCUAAUUUUUCUCCACACUCUGUUAUUUUAAAGGUGAGACUUACCUGUGCUGACGUCCUCUAAUUAACUCUUCGGCUCCUAUCUGAACGGGUCGAUACAAACACGAUGUAAAAUCCAGUUUGGAAACUUCUGAGGUAAACCAAACGCACCAUUCCUCUUUCUCACUCACCUGCGCAGAAAGGUGAUUUUUCCCAGGUCACCUGAACGCAGCAAACUCAGCUGACACUCGAGAAGACACUUAAAAUAAAUACAUAUGCACCGUUUUUCAUUUCGAGUUCGGGUUUCAGUCGCUGUGCAAAAACCUCGUUCUAUAAAACUCCAAAAGUGAUGAAAUGUGAAAUGAGUUGAAUCCCCAGAAGAGUCAAAUUAAAGCUCAGAUCUCUUUCAUGUUCAAACUUUAAUUCAUCCCGUUAACUUUCAUUCAUUUUCAGAGUUUAAGCCUCAGUUAACCCAGAAAUAAAGUCAUUAAAUAACUUCAUAAUAAUCCGUCAGUCCCUCAACAGCUGACCCAAUAAUCCCUCUGAUCGCUCAUAACUGUCGCCAUAGAAACGCCUCUCAUCAUGUGACCAAAUUCUGAUCACUCUGUCAUGUUUGUGUGUCUGAGUGUGUGUUUUGUAUGUUUGUCCAUGUUUGUCCAAAAUAAAAUGCUUCCUGUC